UCAAAAACAGGGGAGAGAAGACGGAAAAGAGCCAAAAAUAAAACUUAAAGAGGGAUUCAUCUUCCCUUUUAACCUCGCUGCCUUGGCCGUCUUCUAAAGCAGAGGGGAUUCAUUUCUUUCUCUCCCCAAGCGAAAAAGAAAAAAAAAAGAAAAAAAAAAUCGAAAUGGCGUUUCAGGAUUUCGACAAGAUCCAAGAACGCGUAAACGCUAACAGAAAGCGGAAGUUCAGGAAAAGGAUCAUUGUCGGAACGGUCUCUUUGCUUGUGGUUGUUGCUGCCAUUAUAGGAGGCGCUUUUGCUUAUGUCGCUUUCGAGAAGCAAAAUGAACAAGAACCGAAGAAUAACCACAAAAACGACGCUAAGGAUAGCCAGAAGAAGAGCCAGAGCGCAAGCCCAACUCCGAAAGCGCCUGUUGCCGCAGCGCAAUCAGUGAAGCCUGGUCAGGCCGAUAAAAUCAUCGAAACCCUUUGCAGCACAACGCUGUACAAGGUAAGCUGCGAGAAUACCCUCAAGAACCGAACAGAGAAGGGUUUCGCUUUAGAAAGCCCGACGACCUUUUUGAAAGCUGCCAUUGAAGCUGUCAAUGAAGAUCUCGACCGAGUAUUAGAGAAGGUCUUGAGUCUCAAGACUGAGAACCAGGACGAUAAAGAUGCCAUUGCGCAAUGUAAGUUGCUUGUUGAAGACGCAAAGGAGGAAAUUGUCGCAUCACUGGACAAAGUCAACGGCACAGAGAUCAACAACUUCGUGAAAAUUGUUCCCGAUUUGGACAACUGGCUAAGCGCUGUCAUGUCUUAUCAGGAGACAUGCAUUGACGGGUUUGAGGAAGGAAACCUAAAAUCUGAAGUAAAGAAGAGCGUAAACUCUUCUCAGGUUCUGACCAGCAAUUCUCUGGCAUUGAUCAAAUCCUUUGACGCAAAUAUUUCUCCCGUUGAAAAGCUCGCAACACGACAUUUACUUGACCAAAUCCCUUCUUGGGUAACCAACGAGGAUAGAAGGAUGUUAAGGGCUGUUGAUGUGGAGACUUUGAAUCCUAACGCCACCGUCGCUAAAGAUGGCAGUGGGAAUUUCACAACCAUUAAUGACGCUCUCAAAGCAAUGCCUGAAAAAUAUGAGGGAAGGUACAUCAUCUACGUCAAACAAGGUGUUUAUGACGAAUCUGUGACUGUUGAUAAGAAGAAGGCGAACCUUACUAUGGUCGGAGAUGGAUCACAGAAGACUAUUGUUACCGGUAAUAAAAGCCACGCAAAGAAAAUCCGCACUUUUCUCACAGCAACAUUCGUUGCCCAGGGGGAAGGGUUCAUGGCACAGUCAAUGGGAUUCCGAAAUACGGCAGGGCCUGAUGAACAUCAAGCUGUCGCAAUACGGGUCCAAUCAGAUAGAUCAGUUUUCCUAAACUGCCGAUUUGAAGGCUUUCAAGACACAUUGUAUGCCUACACGCAUCGCCAGUACUACAGAAGUUGUGUGAUAGUCGGAACAAUCGACUUCAUAUUCGGAGAUGCGGCUGCCAUCUUCCAGAAUUGUAACAUUUUCAUUAGAAAGGGUUUAUCAGGACAAAAGAACACGGUGUCUGCUCAAGGACGCGUUGACAAAUUUCAAACGACCGGUUUUGUGAUCCAUAAAUGUAAAAUCACCGCAAAUGAAGAUCUUAAGCCCGUGAAGGCCGAGUACAAGAGUUAUCUCGGUAGACCAUGGAAGAACUAUUCUCGAACGGUUGUAAUGGAAUCUACCAUCGAAGAUGUGAUCGACCCAGUUGGAUGGUUGAGAUGGGAAGAGACAGAUUUUGCAAUAGAUACGCUGUAUUACGCUGAGUACAAAAACAAAGGACCAAGUGGAGAUACAGCUUCCAGAGUAACGUGGCCUGGAUUUAAGGUCAUAAACAAGGAAGAAGCUUUGAAUUAUACUGUGGGGCCAUUCUUACAAGGAGACUGGAUUAAUGCCUUAGGUUCUCCUGUUAAGCUUGGUCUUUAUGAUGCGUGAUGAGAACUUCUUGCUUGCAGAGAAGUUAAUGUGGUGAAUUGAUUUGUUGUAAAGUGAUUGGAAGAAGAAAUAAAAUUGCUUCCAUAAAA